UUGGAUAUAACUGUUCACAAAAACUCGUAUUGGAUAUACAGUAACUGUUGUAUGCGUACUUCGUAAUAAAUGUUUUGUAAUCAGUAUCCUCACCUGAAUAUAAUUUGCAAAAGCUAUACAUACAUGCAGUAGCUGCUGUACAAACUGUACGAGUAUACAAAGUUAGUUCUUGUAUACAAACUGUCGUUGUUCAUGUCGUUGGGGUAUCUUGGAACGAACGUGGAUCUCCCAGGCUCUGGAGACGGACUGAGGAAGCGCGGAUGUUUGCGGUCGGAUGUUCCUGUUGUUAUGCCCGAAGCAAUCUGGGGGCUUGUCCUUACAACGCUCUGCGUUUGGCCCUUAACCAGCGAGCUCGUUCGUGUGCCACCUGUGGAUUCUGGCUGCUUGUUUCCGUAGUUUUUUCUGUCGAUCUCUGUGUUUGUUAGGUUCGCGAAUGUCGUAAAAUCAUCUUAAUUGUCAGUUGUUUCCGCUCAUGUUGGUUUGAACAAGACAGUGAAAAAAAAACAUCUAGAUACAAACUGUACGAGUAUACAAACUGUACGAGUAUAGUAUAAAAAGUUAGUAUGCGCGACCUCCGCUCAAAUAACAAAAUGCAGAUCACUUAUGAUGUCCAACGCCAAAUUUUAAAAUCUCUCGAUCCGAAAAAAUGUUCUCAUCAUUUUUUAUCGUCAAGAUUUAUUCAGAUAAGUGCAUAUGUGAUUCUUACGAAUAAAAUGAUAAUCCGAUCAAUAUUGUACGUUGCUUAUGCAAUAGAUCCGGCACAGAGUAGAACGUCAACAAAGCUAAGAAGUCCCUACCGAAACAUCACCGAGGGCUUUGAAAAGCUCUAGAUCUGACCUUACGGACCUAAAACUUCUCGCUUCAGUGAAAUUCGUUUUAAAGAAUCAUCACAUACUAACUUGUAAACAGCAUCACAGCGAGAACCCAGACGAAUUCCAGUGAACAUUUGAUCUAAAUUAGCGGUGCGCAGUUCCCAGGACAAGAUGCUGCAUUUUCUGGACCGCUAAUUCGCUGGCGUAAGAAUACUCCGUCGCUCGAAUCGACAUAUCCCAGCUGUUUUCUGACCACUGUCGAAUCUUCUUCCCCAGUUUUGGUGAUCAGUAUACCGGAUAAAAAUAUGUUACUUAUUGUAUGAUCUAUCACCAAUAAGUAGCCUUCCUUCCUUACUUACCGCCGCUUCAGAGUUUAGUGAGCACAUUUUUCGACUACGAAUCGCAAGUCAAAUGGCGAACCAAUACAAAGCAAACGGUGGUGAAGUGCAUUUCCGUGGUCAGGUUGGGGAAAUAUUGGUUCGCAAAGCGGAACUUGAGGAGCUGAUCAAAGCAACACGUGAUGUCGUAUCGAGCGACGAAGAAUAUCGCCUGCUCCUGAAAGCAGUGACCAAUGUAUUUGACGAUGUAGCCAAGCUGCUUGACGAAAUUGGCAAACCCCAUGAGGACGAUAAUGGUCGUUCGCCCGGGGCACUUGGAUAUCCGAAUAAAGGCCGAAGGGGCAGUGGGCAUCACGGAGUGGGCUCAUCGCCACUGUCACCAUGCAGCGCCAAUGUGGCCAGUUCCGCAGCAGUUCAUUACGGGGAACCGCGCUCUGGACAUAAGCUUCCGCCGCUUUACGCCGCGGGCCCGUCAUACCGGAAAACCUCAUCGUAUCCCGAUCAGCAUAAACUGUUCUUGUCACAUUUGAAUAUUCGAACGUCGGAGAACACUUUGUACCAUUAUUUCUCCCAAUACGGAACCAUCAUUGAUCUGCGUAUUUUCGAACUGCCGGCACCGCGGAAAUGGAACGUGGCCUGUGUGGGAUUCGAGGACAUCGGAACAGCCCGUGCGCUUCUACACAAGAAAUUCUUCAUCGACGGGGAGGAAAUAAUUCCAAAACCAUAUCGCUCCAACACCCGACCGAUCCCUGCUGCUCGCUCCGUCAAACAAACGGAAUAUCAGAUCUUUCUCGGUGGUAUACCGGUUCAGGCUGAUGUGGCAAUUGUGCAAGAAGCUAUCCGUCCUCAUUUGAUUCGCGGGAUCAGAGAUGUUCGGGUACUUUACAUUAACGAAAACGACCGCGUUCGGCAUCGAGGUUUCGCGUAUAUUGAUCUGGAGAGUAUGGAAGAUGCUAAAUAUCUCUUGAACAUUCGGUAUAUCCAGAUCUGUAACAGAAAGGUGGAAUGCAAACCGAAUACGCGUACCAAAGCAGCUAUCUUGAACGACCCCAAAACCAUCCCACCUGAAUUAUUGGCAGAUGACGAUGUGGAAAACGACGAUGAGACUUGUACCGGCGAAGUGGAACAUGUGCAAACCGAAGGCAGUAAUAUGUUUCUUGACGUUACCGGCACUAAUGGAGAUUGCAAACGCGCCAGCGGGGAAAAUGAUAUAUGCGUUAUCUGCAAGACAAAUCCUCGAGACUGUCUCAUGCUGUGGUGUGGUCACAACGACACCUGCUAUGAUUGUGGUAUCCAACUGAAAAAUUGUCCCAAGAUAGGAUGUGGUGGGCCGAUUGACAAACGGGAGAAACUAAAUGACGACUGAGAAGAUCCAUCUGCCAUUUUUGGUACCAUGCUGUGGGUUUAGUCAAGUUCUGCAUCUGCAGCCAAAUGAGUCUACGAAGGAAGGUGUUGCAUGGACAUCCACAAUGCGAACUUCAGUUCACAGACGUGAUUGCUUAUAAAGACACACUUAUUAGCGGUCACUGAGCGCAUCUACUUCUUCACGUGUCUCUGUUGUUUUAUGUACUGUUCCGGCGUUCAUAAAUUGCAAACAAAACUAGGUUUUCAUCUUAUGUUAGAUUGUUUUCUGACUGUGCAUAGUUGAUAAUAGAACGAAGAAACUAGGGUUGAUACAGAUAAUUUAGCUAACUUUCCAGAUGUUACAUUUAUGUUACAAAGGGUUCUACAGUGGUGUUUUUUAUUAUGGAUUCUACAGCGGCAAAGCCUGUUUUUACGAGAACAACGAUUAAAAC